AUUGUGUAAACUGUUUAUUGAAAUUGGAUUUCAUACGAACACUCAUUGUUACCGGUCAAUAAAAUUGGACAAUUGGCCGCAUGCGAUUGUUAAGUGCUUUGUAACAUCGCAUUGAAGAGAACUGAAAACCAAAUCACCAAAGGACGGAAGUUGUAUGUCAAUCAUUUCAACAUGAUGAUGAUGCAAAAAUGAGUGUUGUCACCGAACAUGUGACCAUUGACAAUGCAAACAGCCACAAUUUGGCGUGAAACUAUAAAUCAAAGUUUGACAUCUAGAAAUCAAACGUCUGUUUUAUUGCAAUCACGGAAGCAAAGAAAACAGCGAUCAUUGGACAAGAAACUAAACAAAUCACGUACUAAGAAAACACCAAAACAUCUACCAUUGGAAACUCUCAACAAUACAACUGUAGCCGACAAAUCAAGAAAUUCCCACCAAUCGAUAUCAAUUAUUGAAAUCUCACCGGAGAAAAAACAAUCAAUUCGUAAUAGAAACGAAAAUUCGAAUUCACACUCAGAGUCAGAUUGUGAGAUUAUUGAACAAGUGACACCUCUUAUUGUACUUGAUGACGAUUUUAUAAACGAAUCAAGCGAACAAAGUGCACGACCAAACAUACAGAACGAGACAAGUGAAACAAUAAAGAGUACCGUUAACUCAAUUGAUGCUAGUGAUAUCAAUGGUACUGUCAUCGUUGUGCCAAAUCAAACGCCGAACAAAAACAAUUCAUUGUCAUCGAAUGAAGUAACUACCGAAUCGAAUUUACAGCCACCAGAAGAAAUACCAUGGUUUUUUGAAGAUAAAACACCUGGUUGUACAGAUUCUGAAGCACCUAUUUACGAAAUCAAUUGUGCGUCAAGUACAAAUAAUUAUCAAAAUAUGGCGAAAAAAAUCCAAAUAACCUUUCAAAAUAAAGAAAAUAAUGUGAAUUUCGAUAAUUCAUUUGCACCAAAUCCAUUGUUAUCAUCGACUCACCUAAAUGGAUCCUGUGAUGAGAUGGAAGCGAGCCCGGAAAAUUUAUCAAACGAUACCUGUGCUCCAUCACAAGCAAACAAUUUAUGUAUUACAAUCAAUUCAACGGGUGUUAAUGAUAUAUCGCGUCAGGUUAGCAUUGGUAAAACAUCACCAAUCGCUUCGGAAACGGCCAAAUCGCAAAUGAUAAAUGCAAGUCUUGAAAAUGCACAAAAAAUGAACAAACGCAAAGCAUCAAAUGAAAUCGAAAAAAAUGAACCAGCAUUAAAACGAAGCCGCAACGAACCAUCGGAUGUCAUCGUUGUAAACGAUACCAUUUCAGAUGAAGAUGACUCGGUUGUUUUUGUUUCCGAAACACUGGACCACCAAAAUCGUAACCGAAUUAAUCUACUUCGUGCAAAAAAUUUCAUUUCGCUUUCAGGCGACAAUUCAAAUCGGAACGGGUCAAAAUCUACUCGGGCCAAAAGGAAGAAGGAACGAAAGAGAGAAAAGAAUCGAGUCAUUCAGGCAAACAUUUCGAAUAAAAUUUUAGAGCAACGGAAAAAUCGAAUCAAUCGAUUCGAUCCAAAUCGUUUAAACAAUUCUGUUAACACAGCCACCGCUUCAUCGUCAUCGACAUCGUCGUCAUCGACAUCUGGUACGGCAAUAGCAACAACAACUUCAGCCACCGCUGCAGAAAAGGCGGUCGCCAAGAAGAAAAUUAUUCUUGAAUAUGAAAAAGAAAAGAAGAUGUUCGCCGAAAAGCCUGAACUGUUUGAAAAACGUGUGAUUAUCAUUGACGGUAGCAACGUUGCAUUCUCACACGGAGAAGCAAUCGGCAAGAAAGGCCUUUAUUCAGUGAAAGGUCUUGAAUUAUGCAUGAAAUACUUUGAGAAUCGCGGCCAUAUCGUAAGAAUUGUUAUUCCAUCAAAUAGAAUUAAUCGAUCAAGUGAUCCGCUUGCAUUGCAACGAAUGGAUAAACAUACAAAAUUGAUAAAAUCACCAUGCAAAAAUUUACCAGAUCAACGUUCGACAUCAUAUGAUGAUAGAUUUGUUUUGCAAGCCGCAAAAUUAAUGAAAGGGGCUAUCAUUUCGAAUGACAACUAUGCCGAUUUAUUGAAUGAAGACGAUGAGUGGAAUGAAAUCAUCAAGCAACGUGUGGUUGGUUUUUCAUGGCUUGAUGACUUUAUUAUGAUCCCAGACGAUCCGUAUGGAAGAAAUGGUAGAACGUUGCAGUUAAUCUUGCACAAAUUGAAGAAUGAUGCCAAUAUUGAUGACAUCAAUAAGAACGGUGACUCAAAAUCUCAAUGAACACUUUAUAAGUUCCAUAAAAACUUACAUACACAUACACACUUGUUAAACAAAUCCAAUACUUGAAACAGAAAAUGAGUGUUUAAAUUCAUUUAUAUAUUAUUUAUUCAGAGUUAAAUUAUUUGAUAAUAAUUUAAUA